UCUCAUUCGCAUAUUGUUUCUGAUUAUAGCCAACAUACGUUCAUUAGAGAAAUUGUAUGUGUUGCAUCACAUAGCGCGUACGUAACUCUCACCAUUGAUCGAUUUGGUUUAAAAUAAUUGAGACAGUCGCAGCAGAGAUACAUGUACUUAUUCUAGUGGAAACAAUUGAAUACAACUUUUGGAAGGGUAACUCCGUAUUAAGUAAUACCGAAGCAGACUGCAACAGUUAGCUAUGAGUAAUGUAUUAGCAUGUCGUCGACAUUUAGUGCAGACGGUUCUUGCACACUGAGACAACGAACUUCCAGUCGAGAGAAAUCAGAUGACGAGGGCGAUGAUACGGUGGCGAUUAAAACCAUGACACUUCCGACUAACGAUCCUGUGGAUGUUGAAAAUCAAAACACGCUAGGAUCUCAUAAAACUGUUCCGAAAAAUGGACACCAGAAAGAAAACGGGUCUAUCCCGGACGCAAAUGACACUGACGAUGCUUUCCUCCAAGAGGAGACACUUAGUACGCCGUUGCUGGGGACCUCAGCUGUCAACGACGUGGGUGACGAAGUGACACACAGGUUGCCAGGUAAAACUGGCACUGAAAGUGUUUGGAGUAUAUCGUUGCAGGUGUUCUUCCCGUUUUUAAUUGCUGGAUUUGGUACUGUUGGUGCUGGCAUCGUACUUGACAUCGUCCAGCAUUGGACUGUAUUUAUUAAAGUAUCUGAAGUAUUUAUAUUAGUGCCUGCUUUACUAGGUUUGAAAGGCAAUCUUGAGAUGACAUUAGCAUCUCGGUUAUCAACUGCUGCCAAUAUAGGUUUGCUGGAUACUAGAAAAGAACAAUGGUUGAUAAUUGGGGGUAACAUUGUCUUGACACAGUGUCAAGCCAUUGUAGUAGGAUUUUUAGCAUCUGUGGCUGCUGUAGUUAUGGGAUGGAUUCCAGAUGGUAUAUUCAAUUUACAUCAUGGGUUUAUUUUAUGUGCAAGCAGUUUAGUAACUGCAUCAGCUGCCAGUUUUAUUUUAGGUACUGUAAUGGUUUCUGUUAUUUUAUUAUCAAAAAAAUGUCAUAUAAACCCUGACAAUGUAGCUACACCGAUAGCAGCUAGUCUUGGUGACCUGACAACCCUGGCACUGUUAUCAUGGAUUAGUAGAUAUCUAUAUGAAGCUAUUGAAGUUCAUAACCAGUUUUGGAUAGCUCCUACGAUAAUAGUUGUAUUUGUUGUAUUUUUGGCUCCUCUAUGGGCUUUUAUAUCUCAUAAAAAUAGAUACACCCAUGAUGUACUGUAUUCUGGCUGGACACCAGUCAUAAGUGCCAUGGUUAUUAGUAGUGUUGGUGGUCUUGUAUUAGACUUUGCUGUAUCAAACUACCAUGGUGUGGCUGUUUUCACACCAAUCAUCAAUGGUGUUGGAGGUAAUCUAGUAGCUGUACAAGCUAGUAGAAUAUCAACCGAUUUACACAGUUCAGGUAAACCUGGCGAUUCGUUACCAGAUGAUGCACCUAAAGGCUGUAGAAGUCCUUGUAAAACUUUUUUUGGUGGAGGCCCACACUCCAAAACAGCUCGAGUCUUGCUUUGUAUGGUAGUUCCAGGUCAUCUCAUUUUUCUCUAUACCAUAUCUUACUUACAAGCUGGGCACACAACAAUCACCGUUAUUUUCACAUUGGCGUAUUCAUUAGCUGCUGUACUGCAGGUUAUUUUGCUUUUGAUCAUCGCUGAUUGGAUGAUUCAUUUAAUGUGGCGUAAAUACAUGGAUCCAGACAAUGCUGCUAUUCCAUAUCUGACUGCUAUCGGUGAUCUUCUUGGUACCGGCUUCUUGGCUCUCACCUUCCAUAUACUAUGGCUUAUAGGUGAUAGAGACAGCGAUGUUGGAGACUAAAAACUGACAUUUUCUUAUUUGUACCUAUAACUUAAUUUUACAUGUUAAUUUAAUGUUUUUAAUGCCUAUACUACACCCUAUCUGUAAGCCAUGUCCUCCAGUUGCAAGAGUUUUGCUGUUCGUUAAUAUAAAAAUCAUGUUUUAUUGUUUCCAAAUAAUUUCACUACCAAACCCUUGCUUUGAAUGGCUUUGCUUUCAACCAGCGAUAUGGUUUUGACAUCUCAGAAGCAGCUUAAUGCUAGAGGAGGUCAUGUGACUCAUAUGAAAGGUGUACUGAGAAAAAUGUGUGCAUCUCAUCCAGUGCAAUGUUUAGUUACUACAGAGGGGCAUUUCAGUGCAUUCUCUAAACACAAAUGCAGGAAAUGUUUUUUCUGGUUUCCCACAAAACUAGCAAUUUUUUAACUGCAAUAAUUCUUAGAAGCUGUAGAUAGGAAAAAUAUGCGUAAUCAUAUUAAUCAUCAACACUAAUAAUUUGUUUUCAAACAUGCACUGAGUUUUUGAAAACUGAGGUAGCAUAUUUAUCUAUGUAUGCUGCUCAAAACAUUCAACAUUCAUCAUAAAGUGAACAACCAAGUGUGACAUUAUCUGUAAUCAUUGUUUAAUUCUUCUUCCUAAAUACUAAAUCAAGUUUUCCUGUGUGCAUGCUUUAAUUAUACACAGCAUAUUGUCAUUCCUAUUUUCAUCCCACUUUCCAUAACUUCAUGAAUACCCCAAUUUGUU